AUGUCGUCCUCUUCUUCCCCUUCGAUAGACCCGCCAGAUCCGACUUCUUCGGUUGCCGAGCCGCCGUCAGUUGUGAUAACUCCUUUUUCUCUUGCUCCUCCAUCUGAAUCCGGCUUCAAGUCGAUUCCAUCAUCUCCCCUGGUUCCUCCGUCCGCUGCUCCUCCAUCCUCUUCCUCGGUUCCCCCGGAGAUUCCUUCUUCAUCUGCUCUGCCGUAUGCGGCUCGUUUUAAAGCAUCGCUACGAAAUCUUAAAAAAAUGUCACCUCUGACUUUCCUCGAUGACGGCACGCCGAUAGUACAGGCGCCAGAAUCAGUGCUCCUUCAGGCUUCUGAGCUUUGGAAAGGGCACAUAGUGGCUCAAUUCCAUGGACUUCUUCCUCCGGCUUCUGUGGUGUUCAAUGACCUAAAUCCAAUUUGGGGAAAAUUUGGCAACAUUUCAAUGCGCAAAAUCUCCGACUUCGCUUGUAUGAUUUUCAUUCCCUCGCUACAAACUAGGGAGUGGGUCCUGCAGGUAGGACUUUGGCAUGCCGGUCACUGCUCUUUCACAGUAACCCCUUGGACCCCUGAAGGUUCUCUUGACAUCGCUGAACUCCAUUCGGCUCCUACAUGGGUAGUUCUGAAAAACGUUCCUCCAAUGCUUUACUCACUAGAUGGUAUUAGUGUGAUUACCAGUGCUAUUGGAGAGCCUCUACACACAGAGAAAUCUCGUUUGGAUGCAGUAAAUAGUGGUGAAACUAAGGUCAAAGUAGAAAUCCUGCUCGACAGCUCUCCCCCCGAAACCAUCAUUGUCCGCGAUUCUCAAGGAAACACAGCUACGGUCUCUGUAUCUUACCCAAGGCUCCCCCCAAAAUGCUCCAUAUGUCGUCGCUUUGGCCAUUUGCUGAACCGCUGUCCACAGACCUUAAGCAAGCGUUCCUCUCGGAAGAGUGUCUCAACCUCGACAAUAGUGCUAAAUGACACUUCGACACUAAACAAACAACCUUCUUUGGCCUCUGAUAUUCAUUUUUCUGCUGGAAAACAAGAGAGCCCUCACCAAUCACCGGAAGUAAAGAAGCCCAGAGAGAGAUCUCGAUCACGAUCUAGAGUUCGGCCUUUGAGCUCUCCUCCAGUGAUACCCUCCGGCUCUAUGCUUCAGAGCUCACCUGAUAAAACGGAUAACCGGGACCCUUCUCAUGUUCUCGAAGACCCUUCAUCAAAGGCUCCUCCUGAACAGCAUACGGUUUUAGAAGCUUCGCUCAGGAAUAUCAAAGUGGGUCCCGUCAAUAAGGUUGACCUGCCCUUCUUGCAGUACUUGACAAAGUCUGCCAAAAAACAUGCGAAUAAGCUUCGGAGGCAGGCUGCGCUAGCUGCAGCUUCUCCUGAAGUCCAACUACCAGCUCGUCAGUCUCCCCAUGCGCCUUUCAGCAUUUCUUCCUUCACUGUUGCUUUCGUGUAUGCUAAUAACACUGAAGGACAGAGGAAAAGACUGUGGGAGAAAAUCUCUUAUCUAAACUCGACCUCUCCACUAAACUCUCACCCUUGGCUUAUCGCGGGUGACUUCAAUCAGAUCAUCUCCAGCUCAGAACAUUUCUCAAUCCUUCCUACUACUCUGCCUCUCACUGGUAUGGCAGAUUUCCAAGAUUGCUUAACCAAUAACAAUUUAGAAGAUCUUCAGAGUAAUGGAGUUUUAUUCACUUGGUCGAACCAUUGUAUCCAUGCUCCAGUUCUGAGAAAGCUUGAUCGUGUAUUGAUUAAUGAUCAAUGGGCUGCUGCUUACCCGGAUUCCUUGGCGGUUUUUGACCCUCCUAGAGCUUCUGACCACUCUCCAUGUCUUAUCAGCCUUGAUGCUUCUGUGGAACGUGGUAGGAAAAGCUUCAAGUAUUUCUCCUUCCUUGCUACUCACCCGAAUUUUAGCAGCUUCAUAGAUAAAGCUUGGUCUGCUCCCAUAAGUGUAGGCUGUGCAAUGUUCUCGCUCGGUCAACGUCUUAAUGCUGCGAAGUUAUGCUGUCGUACUCUGAAUAAAGACGGCUUUGGUAACAUUCAACAAAAGGCUUCUGAUUCCUUGGCCAAACUAGAAGCAAUUCAACUUCCUCGUGGAGCGAAGAUUUCUUGGGACUCAGUCUGUACUUCUCGCGAAUGCAGUGGUCUUGGUCUUCGCAGACUGUUGGAUUGGAAUAAGGUGAUGGGGUUUAAGCUGAUUUGGUUAAUUUUCACCUCCAGCGGCUCCCUGUGGGUCUCCUGGAUCCGCUACCAUCUUAUAGGUACCAACAACUUCUGGACGCUAGAAACUAAUUCUGGUAGCUGGAUUUGGAAGCAGCUUUGUAAGUUGCGAGAGUUGGCUAGACCGUUUAUUUUUUGUGAUGUUCGCUCGGGGAUGACUGCUCAGUUCUGGCAUGACAAUUGGACAGGUUUAGGUCCUCUUAUUGAACUCUCUGGUCUUGAUGGUCCUCGUUGCACCGGCCUACCUUCUCAAGCGGUUGUAGCGGAUGCAAUUCGCGAUGGGAAUUGGUGGCUUCAUCGAUCACGAAGCCGUAACCCAAUUAUUUCUCUGGUCUGCCAAUGCCUGCCAGAUCCUCACCCCAUUGCAACAGCUGAGGAGGAUGACGCUUACUUAUGGAAAAUUGGCUCCAAUGGAGUUCCUAGAGGUUUCUUCUCUGCCUCGGCAACUUGGAAGCACCUACAUCCUACAUCCUCGGUGGUGUCUUGGUUUAAGACGGUUUGGUUCUCUGGAAGAUUUCCAAAGCACUCGUUCAUCUGUUGGGUUGCAGCGCGUGAUAGGAUGUAUACGAGGGACAGGAUGCGAAGUUGGGGCCUUAACAUCCCAGCCAACUGUCUCCUCUGCAAUACAGUCGAUGAAACGAGGGAUCAUCUCUUCUUCGAUUGUCCUUAUAGUCAGGAGGUAUGGUCUUACUUCUACUUAGCUGCCCAUUUAAAUCCUCCGGCUGCUUUUGAUCUCCUCCUGGUUUGGAUGUGCAAUCUCUCUCGAAACAAGAACAUCUCUCUCAUCAUUAAACUUGCGUUUCAAGCUUCUCUCUAUGCAAUUUGGAAAGAAAGAAACUCCAGGUUACACUCUUCAAUCUCUCGUCCAGCUGCUCUGAUUGUCGAAGAAAUCAAGAAACAGUUAAAAGCUCGCUUAGAUCCUUUAUCUAGGGCUCAACCGGCCAAUUUAGCUUCUAUCUCUUACUUAACCACUUGGUUCUCUCUCUUCUAA